CUAAGGAAAGAAACCAAGGAUAAGGAGGGGUCUAGAAGUGUACGGAAUGUUGAAAGAAGGAAUAGGGUUCAAGUAUUACCUACAUGGACCAAUGGAUGCAGAGACAAAGCUUAAGGUCAAAUUCAGGACCGGGGACAUAGGCCUUCGCGAACGUCGACGAAGACAUAGGACGGUAGACGACGAAGACGAUAAGUUCAAAUGCGAUUGCGGCUUCGAAUGCGAAGACAGUGUUCAUGUAGUCGCGGAAUGUCCGUGGUACGAAAAGGAGAGGGAAGUGUACAUGACUGAGCUGGGAAGAAUACAAGUGACGUACAGGGAGAUGUUUGAGGCAUGGAAUAGAGAGGAGAGGACGGUAGCUGUACUGGGGAGUAGAAAGUGGUUUGAAAAGGCGGGAAGGGACAUCGGUAGGAUAGACAAACUAGGGAAGACAUUUUUGAGCCACCUUUGGCAAAGUAGGAAGGAACGAUUGGCCAUCGGUGAUCGGUCCUGUGGGAACAAUGCUCCGUCCUCUCGAGGACGCGUGGUCAAUGGUCUAACCGCUAAGGCAAGCAAAACAUAAGAGUACCCCCCCCCCGCCCCCUGGGCCGAUUUUCAGAGCUCGAUCAGCAUGUCAUGUCAAACAUGUCCGGACGCGGAAAGGGCGGUAAGGGUCUGGGCAAGGGCGGUGCCAAGCGUCACCGCAAGGUACUCCGCGACAACAUCCAGGGCAUCACCAAGCCCGCCAUUCGCCGUCUGGCUCGCCGUGGCGGUGUGAAGCGUAUCUCGGGACUCAUCUACGAGGAGACCCGCGGCGUGCUCAAGGUGUUCCUCGAGAACGUCAUCCGUGACUCGGUCACCUACACCGAGCACGCCCGCCGGAAGACCGUGACGGCCAUGGACGUGGUGUAUGCCCUCAAGCGCCAGGGCCGCACCCUCUACGGUUUCGGCGGCUAA